CUCUCCUGAUUUGGGUCUUUCUCAUCUCGGCAGCUCCUGAUCACCAGCACGUUCCCAACGGAGUGUGGGUCGUUGUGGGUAUCCUCAACUUCCUCGCCUAUACCUUAGAUGGUGUGGACGGGAAGCAGGCUCGCAGGACCAACUCCAGCACGCCCCUGGGAGAGCUCUUUGACCACGGGCUGGACAGCUGGGCCUGUGUGUACUUUGUGGUGACAGUCUACUCCACCUUCGGCCGGGGCUCCACCGGCGUCAGCGUCUUCGUGCUCUACCUCCUCCUGUGGGUGGUCUUGUUUUCCUUCAUCCUCUCCCACUGGGAGAAGUAUAACACAGGGAUCCUCUUCCUGCCCUGGGGCUAUGACAUCAGCCAGGUGACCAUUUCAAUUGUCUACAUAGUGACAGCCAUUGUGGGAGUUGAGGCCUGGUAUGCACCUUUCCUGUUUAAUUUCUUAUAUAGAGACCUAUUCACUGCAAUGAUUAUUGCUUGUGCUCUCACCGUGACGCUGCCCAUGAGCCUCUACAACUUCUACAAGGCCUCUAAAAACAACACCCUGAAGCACCACUCUGCAUAUGAAAUCCUGCUGCCACUGCUGUCCCCAGUGUUGCUGUUCCUGCUCUGCACCACGUGGAUCUUCGUGUCCCCAACAGACAUCCUGGAGGUCCAUCCCAGGCUCUUCUAUUUCAUGGUGGGAACAGCCUUCGCCAACAUUUCCUGCCAGCUGAUUGUCUGUCAGAUGAGCAGCACUCGCUGCCAGCCCCUCAACUGGAUGUUGCUGCCCAUAGCCCUGGUGCUCCUGGUGGUCGCCUCGGGGCUGGCUCCUCACAGUGAGACUCUCCUGCUCUGCCUGCUGACUGCCUUCCUCACCCUGGCACACAUCCACUAUGGGGUGGUCGUG